UCAACCCGAACUUGCAGAAGCCACCAAGCACUCGACGGAACCCCAUUGAAGCCUACCGAUCUCGCAUAUUCUGCGCAUACUGCUUUCAUAACGCCCAGCAGAAGUUUCAGCCGCGAUGGGCGCUGGAAGCUCGAAACCCGAUGCCUCGGCUGGGUCUAAACAUGUUUUUGCGAGCGAAACACCAGUGCAAUUCUCCGCCAACCUGGUAGAAGCGCUCCAGUCCGGCACAGAGACCGACUCGACUCGAGCUAAAUCUCUCGAAUUACAUAUCCAGACCCGCGUCGCAGAGGAAUUGGAGCGGCUUCGACAAAGAGAAAAACAGACGCUCGAGGAGAUCGAGAAGCGUUUAGCCGCUGAGCUACCUGAGCGCAAGACGAAUGGCUUAUCCUCUUCCGCAUUUUCCUUUGGUGCUCCCGCCGGAUCCUUAAACCUCGACGCUCCCCGGAUCCCCUUCGCAGGACGAGAGCACGAUGCGCCGUUGUUCCCAAUCGAACCCACCCCACAAACGACGCCUGCCACAGCUCAGCGGCCGGAAGAAGCUGUCGAUGCCUCACGUGAAUCAGUGCUGAAGGAGAUCGAUCGUCUACGCAGCAAGCUUGAUUCAAGGAAAAAACUCUCCGCGUUGGAUGAGAACGUCGAACGGGCCAAGUCAGAGGUGGUCAAUUGCUUGCGGAUAAACGACCGACGGCCCCUUGACUGCUGGAAGGAAGUGGACAGCUUCAAGCAGGAAGUGGCCAGACUCGAGCGAGCCUUUGUGGACAAGGUUGUAGGGUAAAUGGGGAUCGGACAAUACAAAGGAAGAUAACUGUAGCAUUAGACAUUGCAUUUCAUACGUGUGUAUACGAAGCAGAACAUCUGUUGCAUAUUCUAGGACAAUGGGCUUGCCUGUAAUCUCGAAUAUACAAUAAUGAUACAAUAACUAUCCAAUAUCCAACAUCCAACAUCCAAUAUCCAAUAUCCAACAUCCAAUAUCCAAUAUCCAAUAUCCAAUAUCCAAUAU